CGCCGCCGUUUCUCUGAAGCCACCCGCCUCCCACCCACCCCGCACCGCCCCCCUCCCCGCACCCGCCUCCGCCUCCACCCCUGGCUCUCCAGCCCUCCGCGCCGCCUCUGCCAUCUCCGCAGAUUUCUCCAUCUCUCUCUUCAUUUCUGCCUCGCUCCCCCUCGUUCACUUUCCUCCCAGCGCCCCCCUCGCCUCCCGCUCCCUCCAGCGUCCUAUCCUCACCCUCCUCGUCCUCCCCCUACUCCUCUUCCUUCUCCUCCUCCAUCACAGCCCUCUUCUCUCGCCCCUGUGCUCCCCACUCGCCCACCACAUCCCCGCCUCGGCCCGGCCGUCCGUCCGUCCCCGGCGCCGGCGAGCCCCGGGCCGCCCAUGAUGGGCUCCGUGCUCCCGGCUGAGGCCCUGGUGCUCAAGACAGGGCUGAAGGCGCCGGGGCUGGCGCUGGCAGAGGUCAUCACCUCCGACAUCCUGCACAGCUUCCUGUACGGCCGCUGGCGCAACGUGCUGGGCGAGCAGCUCUUCGAAGACAAGAGCCACCACGCCAGCCCCAAGACAGCCUUCACCGCCGAGGUCCUGGCGCAGUCCUUCUCGGGCGAGGUUCAGAAGCUGUCCAGCCUGGUGCUGCCGGCCGAGGUGAUCAUCGCGCAGAGCUCCAUCCCCGGCGAGGGCCUCGGCAUCUUCUCCAAGACGUGGAUCAAGGCGGGCACCGAGAUGGGCCCCUUCACCGGCCGCGUCAUCGCCCCGGAGCACGUGGACAUAUGCAAGAACAACAACCUCAUGUGGGAGGUGUUCAACGAGGAUGGCACGGUGCGCUACUUCAUCGACGCCAGCCAGGAGGACCACCGAAGCUGGAUGACCUACAUCAAAUGCGCACGUAAUGAGCAGGAGCAGAACCUGGAGGUGGUCCAGAUUGGUACCAGCAUCUUCUACAAAGCCAUUGAGAUGAUCCCUCCAGACCAGGAGCUGCUGGUGUGGUAUGGAAACUCACACAACACUUUCCUGGGGAUCCCUGGUGUGCCCGGGCUGGAGGAGGAGCAGAAAAAGAACAAGCAUGAGGACUUCCACCCGGCGGACCCGGCGGCGGGCACCUCGGGCCGCAUGCGCUGCGUCAUCUGCCACCGCGGCUUCAACUCGCGCAGCAACCUGCGCUCGCACAUGCGCAUCCACACGCUGGACAAGCCCUUCGUGUGCCGCUUCUGCAACCGCCGCUUCAGCCAGUCGUCCACGCUGCGCAACCACGUGCGCCUGCACACGGGCGAGCGCCCCUACAAGUGCCAGGUGUGCCAGAGCGCCUACUCGCAGCUGGCCGGCCUGCGCGCCCACCAGAAAAGCGCGCGCCACCGGCCGCCCAGCGCCGCUCUGCAGGCCCACUCGCCCGCGCUGCCCGCGCCGCCCGCGCACGCGCCCGCGCUCGCCGCCGCCGCCGCCGCCGCCGCUGCCGCCGCCGCGCACCACCUGCCGGCCAUGGUGCUGUGA